AUGAAUUCUUUUUCUUUACCGUGGUGGAUAUUUUUCGGUACCUUAUUCUCUGGAUUAACAAUAAUUGGAUUAUUAGGAAAUGUUAUUGUAAUAAUUAUUAUUGGAUUUGAUAAAUCAAUGAGAAAAAGUUGUAUGAAUAUUUUAUUACUUAAUUUAGCUGUUGCUGAUAUAUUAAAUUUAACCGUUGGAUCUGUUGAAUGGACACAUCUUAUUAUUAAAGGAUAUCAAAAGUUUGUAUUUCCUUCUAUAUUUUGUCCUAUAUCACGAUAUCUUGAAUGUGUUUUUCUUUACUCAUCAAUUAUGACUCAAUUAAUUGUUUGUGUAGAAAGAUUUAUUGCUAUCAUAUAUCCAAUACAUGCUAGAAGAUUAUGUACUACAAAAAAUGUUAUUAAAUCACUUAUUGGAAUGUGGUUAUUUGUAUUUAUUAUUGCAUUACCAUACAUUUUUGCUAAUGUUUUAUCACCAACUAGAAAGAUCUGUUUUACUAGUGGUAUGCGUGAAAAAUGGUUUAUAGUAUUUAAAUGGAUAGAAUUUUUAUUUUUUUAUCUUUUACCAGCUAUAAUAUUUAUUAUUUUAUAUUCAAAAGUUGCCAAAUCAUUAUGGAAAAAUAAUCCUCAAUUAUAUGAAGGUUCACGUUCUUCAAGUAUUAAACAAAAUGUAUAUGAUACUAUAAAAAUGAGAAGAAAUGUCGUUAAAAUGUUAGUUGCUUGUGUCAUUAUAUAUUUUAUUUGCUAUUCUCCAAUUCAAGGUUUAUUUAUAGCAAAACAUUUAUUAAACAUAUCAUUAAUUCCACCAUAUGAAUUUAUCUUAAUAAUGAAUGCAUUAGCAAUGACUUGUAGUGCUUGUAAUCCUCUGUUAUAUACAUUAUUUUCAAAAAAAUUUAGAAAACGUAUAUCUGAAUUUUUAACAUGUAAUAUAUGUAAUAAUAAACAAAAAUUUAAAAUAUUGAAAAGAAAAGAAAAAUCAAAAGAAACUAACCGUCUAUCUCUUACACAAUUUGAAGCAACUACAUAUAAAGAUAAUUCACCAAAUGAUAUUUCAACUUCGAACAAUAAAUUUAUCAUAAACAGAAAAAGGUAUUAUUUUUCAAUAAGAAAUAAAUCCAUUAAAUUUCCAAAACAUUCCAUGUCUUUGACAUUAUUUGGAAAAUAA